AUGAUGAAUAUUAUAUUAUCGUUUUUCAUAUUAGUGAUUUCUAUAAAUGUUAAAGGUGCUACAUUUCAAGAUGAAGAUAAUAACAUUCCCAAACCAAUUGCAUAUAUUUCGCUAGCUCAACCAACUGCAGUAUUUCCACAUGAUAAAAAAAAACAUACUAAAUAUUUAGAUUUAAUUAAUAGUGUUUUAAGUGAGGAAACAAAACAUAAAAUAUACGGAUUUGCAGGUGGCAAUUAUCAUUGGGUUAUAACAAACUUUGGCAUAUCUAUAGAUAAUUCUAGUCUACGUUUGAAACUAUAUUUUUCUGACAAAAAAACUGAAGCAUUAAAAAUAGGAACACAUUUUUUGUUAUCUUAUUUAAUGGAUAAUAUUAAAUACUUAGUUUCACGAUAUAUGCAUAAAUAUGAUUUUGAAAAAAAUUAUGGUGGUGAUUUAAAAAAGUUAGCUGAAGAUUUAAAAGCUUUGAUAUAUGAUGAAUUUGAUCACAAAUUUAAACACAACUUAAUAAAAUUCGAAAAAGAACCAGAAGAUGAAAAGAUCAAUAAGAAGGGAAAGAAUAUUUUUAAAACUCUUGUACACAACUCAGAUAUAAUAAUUCAAGGUUAUUUUAUUAAAGUAAGAGAAGAUGGAAACUAUACAGAUUUAACCAAAUGUCUUAAUGUUUAUUUCAAUAUAAAUAUAAGUAAAGGUAAUGCAGAUUCUAAUUAUGAUUUAAAAUUUCUUAAAUCUGAAAUUAUUGAAUUAGUUUCUAACCCUUUAAGGACAUAA